AUGGCACCUUACAAGGCAUUAUAUGGUCGUAGGUGUCGUACUCCUUCGUGUUGGACUGAUUUGGGUGAGCGGCAUAUUUUGGGCCCUGAAUUGGUUUCUGAUAUCGAGGAUAAAGUUAGAUUAAUUCAGGAUCAGCUGAAGGCGGCAUCUGACAGACAGAAGUCGUACGUGGAUUUGAAGCGCAAGGAGAUUGAGUAUUUUGUGGGGGACUUCGUCUUUCUUAAGGUCUCGCCAUGGAAGAAGAUUGAUGUUAGACCAGACUUAACUUUUGAUGAAGAACCGGUUCAGAUUUUAGAUCGUGAUGUGAAAAUUCUGAGGAAGAAAUCUAUUCCACUAGUUAAGGUGCUUUGGCGCAAUCAUAGCUCAGAAAAAGCCACGUGGAACCUGAAGAGGCAAUGCGACAAUAGUACCCUCAUCUGUUUUGAUCAGGUUGAUUAUGAGUUUGAUGAUAAUAGCAGUUGGGAUAAGAAAUGCGAAAUGUCUGCAUUGUACGAUGAUGAAGUGUACGAGGAUGGAUUUUACGAAGAAUGA